AUGUCGCUAGUAGUCGGCGCGCUUCGCAGCCGAUGGUCUGCUCUUGUAGGCUUCCACUUGCGUGCACCGUUGCCCCCAUCCGGUUCUAAAAAGGGAUCAAAAGACAGAGGGCCCCGGAAAAUUGGAGAGCUAUCUACCGAGGUCGUUACGGGAUGCGGGCUCAUGAAAAAUGAGCCUGACCCGCCCAUCAGGCCGGACAACGAGUACCCUGAGUGGCUCUUCAAGCUUCUCGAGCCGAGACCUACCAUAAAGGAGCUUGAGAAGAUGUAUCACGAGGGCGGCCUGACAGUGGAGGAGUUGCGGCGGUUGUGGCGGUUAAAAAACAAGGAGCGCAUCAAGGAGAGCAAUUUCAUGAAGGCCAAGUCCUGA